AUGGAGGCAUCAAUCAUCAAACAUGCGGGUGGCUUCAUCUUGCAGAACCCAAUCACGUCCUUGGUCAUCGUCGUACUGCUCUACAUACUUAAAGUAUCCGUCUAUCGACUUCUGUCGCACCCCCUGGCAGGCUUUCCGGGGCCCAAAAUAGCUGCCCUGACAGUAUGGUACGAAUUCUACUACGAUGCCAUCCAGCGUGGCCGAUACACCUUUGAGAUUCAGAAGAUGCAUGAUCAUUACGGUCCCAUCGUGCGCAUCAGUCCAGACGAGCUUCACAUCAACUAUCCUGCCUUCAUAAACGAGCUCUACGCCGGAGGAAGCAAGAAACGAGACAAAUACACCUACUUUAGCUCGCAGUUUGGCAUCCCGGACAGUGUUUUUGGGACGGCGGACCACGAUCUUCAUCGACUGCGCCGCGGAGCUUUAAACAAGUUCUUCUCAAAGGCCGCGGUCACUCGUCUGGAGCCAAUUGUUCACAAUGCGAUCGAGAAACUGGUCUCCCAGCUCGAGACGUAUGCUGGCGCAGACAAACCGGCUCCCAUGACAAUGGCUUUCAGCUGCAUGACAACGGAUGUUGUGACCGAGUAUGCCUUUGCCAAGAGCUACGACUUCCUCAACUCGCCGACGUUUGAGCCCAAUUUCCACCGAGCUAUCAUCGCCGGCAGCGACAUGGGCCCGUGGAUAAAGCAGUUUCCGUGGCUCAUUACCCUGAUGAACAAGCUGCCCAAGAGUAUCGUUAUGUGCAUCAACCCCGAAGCCGCCAUCUAUGUCCAGUUCCAGGAAGACAUUCGUCGUCAAAUUCGUCAGGUACAGGACCAGAUAGCUUCUGGAGCUAAGGAGGACAGCUCCAGUCGAACCAUCUUUCACGAGCUGCUCACGGGGAACCUACCCAAUGAAGAGAAGAGCAUUUCCAGGCUCUGGCAAGAAGGACAGAUCGUCGUGGGCGCCGGAACCGAAACGACUGCCUGGACGCUAUCAGCCACACUGUUCUACGUGCUCAAUGACAACCGUAUUCUGCAUAAGCUCCAGAAAGAACUUGCUGCGGCGAUGCCCGAUUCCACAAAGCGAAUUAGUUGCAAUGAGCUGGAGCAGCUGCCGUAUCUCAGCGCCAUCGUCUCGGAGGGCUUGCGCUUGUCAUGUGGCGUCAGCACAAGGUUGCAGCGGAUCAAUCCCACGGGGCCAUUCUAUUUCAAACCAUCGGCGACGACGACGCCGUCAGGUAACCGGGGCCAUUCAGCUGCAGAAUUCAUCAUACCCAAGGGAACACCAGUUGGCAUGACAUCGACCUUGAUCCACACGAACCCAGAGUUAUUCCCCGACCCGCACGCCUUUAGACCGGAGCGAUGGCUAGACGAUAAUGGUCAAAGACACCAUGAGUUGGACGGAUAUCUCUGUCCUUUUCUCGAGGAAGCCGCCAAUGUAUCGGCAUUCAGUAUGCUUGCGUAUACCGAGUUGUACAUGUGUCUCGGGUUGCUCUUCCGGCGCUUGGGAAGCAGGUUGGAGUUGUUCGAGACUACGGAGCAGGAUGUGGAAAUCUACUACGAUAGAUUUGUUCCUACGCCGAGGGAUGGGACACAGGGCAUUCGGGUUCUCAUCAAUGAAUGA